UUCCUUGCUAGCUCAGCUUCUGGUACGAUUUGAGCCUCGCGGUUAUUUCUCCCCUCCUAGCGCAAGAAGCAUUUGAAGCGCAAUUUUUUAAAGAGUCGCACAGCGAUUGCAUUUGAUUCCGCAACCCCACCCCCACCCCGUCUCCACUUUCCAUUGCCUACGAAAGAAAGCACGAGUUUGAACGAUCACGAACUUCUGCCUUUCCCCUUUAAAAAACAACCAAAACAAAGAAACUUUCCCCGAUUCACUUGCCGAGAAACUGCGGCUGCUACGCGAAGCAGCGCAAAGCGAUCAGGAAAUCCGGCCUGCAAGCACAGGGGUCGCUCGCCGGGAACUUGCACAAGUCUGACUCGCUUGCGUCUCUUCCUUCUUUCUCCGGGAAGCCAUCGCCGGCCGGAAAGGAGGCGCGAUUGCCGUCUGGGUUUUGCUGCAGACCGGCUGGAGUGAGCGGGAUCCGGGCCCGGAAAGCAGAAGCGAGCCGGGGGAACUUUCGGAGAGGUUGGCGCUCAACAAUUCUUUGGAAACGCGAUCGAAAACUCCCGCUUCUCUUUCUUCAGAUUCAAGGACCGAUGCCUUUGCCAUCCUUGAGAAAAGCUUUUUUUGGUCUGUCCCUUGCCUCAGUCAUAUUCACAGCAUGGUACAUGGUCGUCCCCUCCCACAAUGUGGCGGAAUAUAACAACUGGAUGUAUUUUUAUGACUACGAGCCCAUCCAUAAGCAGAACUUCCUCUUUACGCUACGCGAGCGAUCAAAAUGUGAAGACAACAAUCCGUUCCUCAUCAUCUUGGUGACGUCACGGCCUACGGAUGUGCGGGCAAGGCAGGCCAUUCGAGUAACCUGGGGGUCUCAAAGAUCCUGGUGGGGGAACCAGGUGUUGACACUGUUUCUGUUGGGCAAAGGAGCAGAAAGCGACGACCCCGCAAGCUUAUCUAUAGAAGAUGAAAGCAUUCUUUAUGGUGACAUCAUCCAACAAGACUUCAUUGACACUUACAACAACCUUUCCUUGAAAACCAUCAUGGCUUUCAGAUGGGUGACGGAGUUUUGUUCCAAUGCUAAAUACGUUAUGAAGGCAGAUUCAGACGUUUUCAUCAACACGGGCAACUUAGUGAAAUUCCUUCUGAAUUUGAAUGCCUCAGAAAACUUCAUUACCGGCUACCCUUUAGUGAAUAAAUUCUCUUACAGAGGAUUUUAUAAGAAAACCUAUAUUUCUUACACGGAAUAUCCCUUUAGGAGGUAUCCUCCAUACCUCAGUGGACUUGGUUAUGUCUUCGACACCAGACUGGCUGCAAAGGUUUAUAAAAUGAUGGCUCAUGUUAAGCCUAUUAAGUUUGAAGAUGUCUAUGUUGGGAUCUGUUUAAAUAUACUUGGUGUGAACAUCUCCAUUGCAGAAGACAAAGAACUCUUCUACUUGUACAGAAUUGGCUUUGAUGUUUGCAAGUUCAAGCACUUGAUUGCCGUACAUGGUGUAUCGCCCCAGGAAAUCGUUUUCUUCUGGCAGGAAAUAACAAGAGAGACUUCACUUCUGUGCCAGUGAUUCCAUCCUGUUUUAAAACCCUGUUACUUCAAGCCUGUUUGCUCCCCAGCAGAGCAGGGGUGGGCAGAUU